UCUCGCUCUCUAUUCAAGAUCCGAACAUCUCUCGGUCCAAGCUUCCUCUCCAUCACUCACUUCUUCCUCUGCAGUUUGAGCUGAAACCAGGGUAACCCAAAACAUGUCACUGUCACCAGAUUAUGAAAACAAACUGAUUGAUUCGAACCAAAUGAGCUCUACUCACCAUCGCCUGCAAAUCGGCCUCACCAGCCUCAGAAGCUGUGUUUCUUGGUUGUUCAUCACCAUUUUAGUCCUCUAUGUCCUCUACUCUUCCAAAUUUGUACUCAACACUGAUGGCCCCAACUGUUCCUUACCCUCAUCAUUGGACAUCUCCACCAAAGAAAAUCUAGAAACCAUCCCUCUUCUCAAGAACAUUUCAAUCACACCCACUGAUCAACAAAAAACUUCAAUACCCAUUAUUCCUCCGAAGUCCCUACGAUUUGAUACUGAUCUUAAACACAUUGUUUUUGGCAUCGCUGCGUCAUCGAAUCUGUGGGAGAAAAGAAAAGAGUACAUAAAGCUAUGGUGGAGGCCCGGGAAGACCAGAGGAGUAGUGUGGUUGGAUAAGAGAGUGAGUACCAGAAGAAAUGAAGGGUUGCCGGAGAUUAGAAUCUCCGGCGACACCUCCAAGUUCAAGUACACGAAUCGGCAGGGAAAGAGAUCGGCGUUGAGGAUUUCGAGGGUGGUCUCAGAGACUUUGAGGCUUGGAUUGAAGGAUGUGAGGUGGUUUGUGAUGGGUGAUGAUGAUACAGUUUUCAUAGUGGAAAAUGUGGUGAGAGUGCUUUCUAAGUAUGAUCAUAACCAGUUCUAUUACAUUGGGAGUUCUUCAGAGAGUCAUAUUCAGAAUAUACUUUUUUCAUAUUCGAUGGCUUAUGGUGGUGGUGGGUUUGCGAUUAGCUAUCCAUUGGCGAAGGAGUUGGAGAAGAUGCAGGAUCGGUGCAUUCAAAGGUAUCCUGGAUUGUAUGGAAGUGAUGAUAGAAUGCAAGCUUGCAUGGCGGAGCUGGGGGUUCCACUUACAAAAGAACCUGGUUUUCAUCAGUAUGAUGUGUAUGGGAACCUCUUAGGCCUUCUGGGAGCCCAUCCUGUAUUUCCACUGGUGUCACUCCAUCAUCUUGAUGUGGUGGAUCCGAUAUUCCAAGGCAUGACCAGAGUUCAAGGCCUCCGACGCCUAUUUGAAUCCAUCAAGCUCGACUCAGCUAGUAUAAUUCAGCAAUCCAUCUGUUACGACAAGAAGAGGGACUGGUCCAUUUCUGUUUCUUGGGGCUAUGUUGUCCAAAUCAUAAGGGGAGUGAUCUCUCCCAGAGAGCUAGAGAUGCCCACAAGAACCUUUCUUAAUUGGUACAAAAGAGCAGAUUACACAGCAUAUGCAUUCAACACUAGACCUGUGAGCAGACAACCAUGUCAGAAGCCCUUCAUUUUCUACAUGACCUCAUCUAAGUAUGAUCAAGGUAGGAAGCAGGUAUUCGGGGUUUACUCUCUCCAUAGAGACCGAUACCCUUAUUGUCGGUGGAAAUCAGACUCACCUGAAAAGAUCAAUUCCAUUGUUGUCUUGAAGAGGCCAGAUGGUCUCCGUUGGCAGAAGUCACCAAGGAGGGAUUGUUGUAGAGUUUUGCCGUCACGCCAGAACUCAACUCUGUAUAUAUGGGUUGGAAAUUGCCGGGAAGGUGAAAUUAGUGAAUUGUAGAAGAACAGCUGAAGAUUUUUUCUUUUUGUUUUUUUUCAUUCAUAGAACUGUUUUCUUCCCCAUGUUUUUUUUUAAUUUGUGACUGUUAUAGUGUGACACAAGAAGAUGUAACAUUGAACCUUUUUAUCACAACUUGUUUUUGUAAUCAAC